CUCUCUCUCUCUCUCUCUCUCUCUCUCUCUUCACCCUUCCUCUUUCCAGCCUCGAUGUCCAAUGCUUUCUUCUUCCGUUUGUUUAUAAUUUUCUCCUGUUUGUCAUGGUCUACUAUUUUCUUCAAUAGCGUGUUCUUAUCUCGGGACACUUUCUCAAUGAGUAAAACGGUAGUAGGCACAAGAGAGGAUAACUUAGAUUUUUAAUCUCGGGACAUUGUUUUCAUGCACCAUAAAUAUAGGAAGAGGGGUAAACACACUGUCCCAUGCAAAUGACUACAUGUUUCUCAAAGCCACCACAAUCGUCCUUCAUUCUCUACACUCUCUUCAUUCUCCCAGUUCUCUCUCCACUAAGAUGCUCUCACUCUUUUGCAAAUCUGGUCGCUUGAAUGAAGCAAGACAAGUGUUCGAUGAAAUGGCUGAAAGAGAUGUGAUUGCAUGGACAAUCAUGAUCACCGGAUACACGUUCCAAGGCCUUUACUUCGAAGCAUUAUCCUUAUUUCACAAAAUGCAACUCUUAGGAACCAAACCCAAUUCUUUUACCAUCUCCUCCUCCCUGAAGGCAUGCUCAGCGCUUGGAUCUUAUUCCCAAGGCACCCAAAUUCAUUGUCUCUCAAUCAAGUUUGGAUAUGAGGAUUCAUACACAGAAAAUGCAUUGUUAGACAUGUAUAUUAAGUGUAACAGAUUUCAUGAAUCUAAAUCAUUGUUUUCUUAUAUGAAAUGGACAAAUGUGAUUUCUUGGACCACAAUGAUCUCGGGGUGUACUCAGAGAGGGCUCCAUAGAGAGGCCAUUGGGCUCUUUCUUGAAAUGAGACAAGAUAGCACCAAUGUAGACUCGUUCGUCUGCUCAGCCACCCUUGUUGCUUGUGGUUCACUGGGUUCUUUGAUCUUAGGCACAAUGAUCCAUGCAUUAGUGAUAAAAUGUGGGGUUGGUUCAAGUUUAAUCUUGGCUAACUCAAUUGUGGAUAUGUAUGCCAAGUGUUGGAACAUGAUUGAAGCACACCGGCUUUUUGAUGAGAUGCCUCGAAGAGAUCUUGUCUCAUGGAAUACCAUGAUCUCGGGAUAUGAGAGAAUUGGGUCCAUAGAGUCUUUGAAAAUGUUCAAGCUUAUGGGAAUUGGCAAUCUUAAACCCGACUCUUACACAUUUACAAGUGUUAUCUCUUUCUGUGGAACCCAAUCUGUUCUCAAGUGUGGAGAACAGGUUCAUGCAUGCAUAAUUCAGAAGGGUUUAGGAAAUUGCAUUGCUCUAAGUAACACACUUGUAGAUAUGUACGCCAAGUGCGGGAGCAUCCCUUUCUCGAGGAAGAUUUUCGAUGAGAUGUUAGAGCGAGACUUUGUCUCGUGGACCUCAAUGAUGAUUGCUUAUGGAAAGCAUGGUUAUGGGAAUGAAGCACUAGAAAUGUUUGAUAAGAUGAUAAUAGAGAGGGUACAGCCUGAUGGUGUUGCUUUUUUGGGUGUUCUCUCUGCAUGCAGUCAUGCUGGGCUUCUAGAUGAGGGGCAUCGAAUGUUCCAAUCAAUGAGCUCAAUUUACUUGAUUGCUCCGAGGAAAGAGCACUAUGCGUGUGUAGUUGAUAUGCUGGGAAGAGCUGGGAAGCUUUUGGAAGCCUUGGAAAUGAUAGAGAAGAUGCCUUUUGAAGCAGAUGAAUCAGUGUGGGGUGCCCUCCUUGGAGCUUGUAGAGUGCAUGGUGAUUUGAAACUUGGGGCCUUGGCCGCUAGAAAGAUGUUGGGCUUGAGAGAGGGAAGUGUAUCCGCAUAUGUCUCAUUGUCAAAUAUUUAUGCAGCUGAGGGAGAUUGGGAUAAGUUUGCAAAAACAAGGAGGGUUAUGAAGGAAAUGGGUGAUACAAAAGAGAUAGGAAGGAGCUGGAUUGAGGUGAGGAAUCAGGUAUUUGAUUUUGUGGUGGGCGAUGAGGGAUCUUGUAAGGAGAUGAGGUCCAUGUACGAAAAUUUGAGGAGUUUGGGGAGGCAUAUGAGAGAAGAUGGUCAUGAGCCUGAUUUGACAUGCCUGCCUCAUGAUUGAGAUACUGGUGUAUAGAAUUUGGACAAGAGAAAGACGGGUUUGUUUUUAAUCUGUUAAACUGUAUGUAUUCAUAAGGGAAUAAGAAAAGUACAAGAAUCGAAUGACACUCCAAAAAAGGGCCACCCAUGAAGAGGGCGCUCUCAAAGCCCAUUAGGGCCCAAGAAAAGAAGGGAACCAGAUGAAUUUUACAAGAAUACACAAAAAGGGUUUGUUGAACAUAAGGGCUAAUAAAAAAAAAGGGUCUAUCCUGGAUUUUACAAGGGGCAGCAAACCUGACCUUACUAUUUUCUCUGAGGAAGCUCAUAUGUCAUGACAUUAUUUAAUGAAGAUCACAUUUGAA